UAUGGCUCUCCCAGUGAGAUAGUGUUGUGGAUAACGUAGUUUGAGUUCCAUUGAAGCAUGAAAGCUCAGAAACCAUUUGUAAUAAUUUUUGUAGUUCAUGAAUUCUAAGGAAUUAUUAUCAUGAUUCGACAAAAUAAAGUGUCAUCGGGUUCGGGAACUUCCAGUAUCAAGAAAAGUCAUACGAAACUUGUUCCUGAUCCCGUCUGUCGUUAUAAAAACAGAGUUUGUAAUCAACCUGUCUUGGAUAAGUAUGACUAUUGCCUAAAGCAUAUUUUGGAAGAUAAGAAUGCACCUUACAAGCCAUGUGGUCAUCCAUAUCCUAACAAUAACAAAAGAUGUCUCAUACCUGCCUUCAAAAGUGAUAAAAGUGACAUAGGGUAUUGUUCCCUUCAUACAUGGAAAACUCAAAUUAAAAGCCAACGCUCUACAUCGAAGCAUGUGCCUCCCACAACUCCAGAAUUUCUACUUUCAGGCUUAUCUCAUUAUGCUAAACCAGUUCGCAAUAUUAAAACGGAAGAAGGGGAAGAGGUAAAAAGUUCAUCUAGAAUCAGAGCAAUCGAUCCUUUUGUUGAAACAGAUGUCACGAAAGCAUCUCAAAUAAAAACAAAUGUUUUGGAGUGUGACAGUGAAUCUGAUAGUGAUGUUGAACCAGCAACAUUAGAUAAUAUUUGGAAGGGUGCUAAUGAAGAUUCUUCUGAUGCUGAAAGCAUUGAUAGCCAAGCAGAUGAUCCUCUUAAACAUGCUGGUUAUUAUACUUCUGAAGAGGCUGUGAAUAUUACCAGAAACAAGCUUAUAAGACUGCAAGUGUUAUACCAGAGACAGUUUGAAAGGUUAACAUAUUUAUUAAAAGAAAAAAGAAGGCAUUAUCUUCAUUCGUUAAGGAAAGAAAAAGAAACUCUUUCAUCUAUAUAUGACCAAGCUAAAACAUCAGCAAAGGAACAAAAGUUGUACGAGAAACUCAAAGCUUUAAAUAGGUAUCAUAAACGCUCUAAUGCUGAGUCACUUGCCUAUAUAGCAAGUAUCGAAAAACGGGCUCGGGACAUCAGUGGAGGUAACUUUAAACCACAUGGACAUUCUCAGAGAUGUGCAUUUACUGAAGGAGGAGUACGUUGUACAAGUGUUACUAUACCACUUACCAAGUAUUGCUUUAAGCAUAUUCUUCAUGAUCCUAAUCAAUGCCUUUUCAAGGCAUGUGGCUGCGCCAAGGCAGACACGAGUUGUCAAGUUCCUAUUACUGGAUUGUGUGCAGGAGAUACUUGUAUUCUUCAUAUACGAUUGCCAGUACUACCUCAUUUGAAUUAUCCUGAUGGUGAAAUAAAACUUGAAAGUGAAGACAAAAGAAUACAUGAAGACAGUGAUGAAAUAGAUGCUUCUGCUACUGAAAGUGCAUUUUCUACUGAUAACAGAGAUUCACCAGAGAAUUCCAUAAUUCAUAAUGAAGAUAAUUUGAAAAAGGAAGAUGAAUCCCAUUUUUCAGAGCAAGUAAUAGAAGAAUCAGUUGUUGAUGACGUCAGCGAAAAUGUUAUUGAAUGCUCCACUUCCAAAGAUCCAUUAAAUGGUGAUAGUGAACCUAUGGACGUUGACGUUCCCCCACUUUAGCUGAACUUUUAUCUUAAAAGUUGUUGUAACUUUUGUUAGAUUUCUAAAAUUGUAAUUGUAUAUAAGUUAGAUUAUGUAAAAUGUUUUCUAAACAUAUGACUAUCUUUAUAUGCAAAUCUUUCUCCUUAUUCACCAUACUGUCAUUAAAUGAAUUAAAGAUAUCCAAUGAUACAUUAAUGAAACCAAAUCUUAAGAUAGUGAUUUAUUUGGCUUUUUCGUGAAUUGAAUAAAUAAUUCACAUUAUAAUUGACUGCAUUAUAAAUGCAUCGCAUUAAGUUUGUUCAUUGAAAAUUAGUCUAUUCUUAUAUUUUUAUAUCUAGUGCCUGAAAGUUUAUUUAUUUAUCAUUCUUUCUUUUUUUUUUUCAAUUUGAUCCAGCAAGCUAUCAUGAAAUUUUAUAGUUAAUUUGUUUUAAAUCAUUAAAGUUGUCAUUGUUAUUGUUUAUUUGUAUUGUGAUUUUAAUAUAGCAUAUUUUUGUUACUGUUUCACAAACUAAUAAUGAAACUAGUAGUUACACUCUUUUUAAUAUAAUUACUAAG